AUGAAUUCUGAUGGCGUUGAGGAGAUGCUCUUCGGGUUCCCAUCGUCGCAGGAUUCACUCGACCAGACCUGGGAGCAAACUUACCAGGAUGACGAUCUCCUUGAGGCCAAAUUCGACUCUGACCCGCCAUCCUGGAUCUUACGGACCACCCCAACUCAGACUUCGAACUGGGUCGUUGCACGCAUUGAGCAUAUGUUGGAGGAAAUUGUGGAUGGGCUUUUGGGAAACCGAGAUCAGUUGUCAAUUACCUUGAAGAGCCGAUCCAGUGCGGCUGGACGAGUGUUUGAAGCAGGUAAAGGCAUGGUAGCAACAUCUGAAUCAAAAACAAGGGAGAUUUCCUUCCCAGGAAACACCCCUCAAGAAGCUUGGAGAUUUACUGUGCUUUUACGCAUCAUUGAGCUUGUUCACAGUGCCCUCAUUGACAAUCUCAUUAUAUCUAAACGGCGAGUUUUCAGAGACAUAUAUUAUCGACAUCCAGAUCUCUUUGUUAAGCAAUCGGUUGUGGACCGAUAUGUGGACGAUCUAGCCUUCACGUUUGGUGUUACUAGGUCGCUCCUCAACGUCGUUGCCGCCGCUAAAAGCCUAGUAGCUGGCCAUUUCACAAUACGCAGAGCAGAUGGUACAACACUCCAUGGGCUCGAUGAGAAGGAGGGCAUACUACUUCCUAAGAUCCGUGACGUUGAUAUUCUAGAUCUAUCGUGUGUUCAUUGGAUCCUUAUCAUCGAGAAAGAGGCAACAUUUCGCUCAUUGCUCAGCUCACCAGAGUGGGUGGAUCUCGGUUCGAGCAGUCUCUUACUUACAGCCAAAGGAUACCCCGACCUUGCUGCACGGCAGUUCCUUCGGUACCUCGCAGACCACUUCCCUUCAAUUCAGAUGUCUGCGCUUGUAGACUUCGAUCCAGAUGGACUCGCCAUCAUGUCUACGUACAAAUACGGAUCGAUGCGUCUUGCUCAUGAGAACGUUGCAACCAACGAUACACCCGCACUCGCCUUACCUCAACUUAGUUGGCUUGGUGUUAGGAGUCACCAACUCAGCCGAACUCCGGUUACCGGGCGUGUUACGAACUGUAGUGCAAACGUUGAUGCCCAAGGGCUCAUGAGAUUGACUUCACGGGACCGAAAGAAAGCGCAUCGAAUGCUUGAGUGGGAAAUAUGCAGAGAGGAUGGGCCAGAACCAACCUGGAGAAGUGAACUGCAAACGAUGCUCAUGUUGAACACGAAGGCAGAGAUGCAGAUACUCGAAGAACAGCCUGGCGGACUGGCAUCAUGGGUAAAUGAUGCUUUUAGAGUCAAGCAAAAAGCGCAAGGAGAUGCCAACAGAUCAGUACCACGAGUUGCCUCUGGCUCAGACAUUGGUUUUUCCUCUGUGACUAGGUAGCGGUGCAUUUCAGGCUACAUGUUCUCCGUGUCAUCCGCAGAUUGAAGUGCAUCCGUUCGUCUGCACCAACACGUG